UAUCUCUGUAAUUUGCUCCAACCAAGCUUUUUAUUAACUUCAUUUUUUUUUUCCCUAUUUUUUUGUUAUGUAUUUGAAUUCCAAGUCUGUGAAAUUAGAAGGUGGAUUUUGUUUUUCUUUACUGUUAUGAGCCAAUGGAAAUCUUUGGUGUUGUUAUAACUUUAUGGUAUUGAAUAUGUAUUUUUUCUUUGAAACCUCAAACCAGCAGGUUAACAAUGGUCUGAAAUGGAAUUGGAAUUGGCUUGAGUUUUGGGACAAAAUAGUGGCAGGAAAAGAGUACCCUUUAUCCAUUCCAGUUGCUUAGAUUGGGUGACAGUGGCUUUUGAAUCCUGGACUAUUGGAGGUAGUCUUUAAAUUCUUCAAAAACCAGGAAAAAAAAGGGCUUGUUUUUCUCUUUGAUUAAAGGGCAUAUUCAGCUCUCCACUGAGUUCAGCACUUAUAAAUUUACAAAUGAAAAUGCACCGAGUUUUGCUUCACUCUUAUAGAACUGCAAUGGCUGCCCCUUUCCAUUUGGUUCUUCUCCCAAGGACCCCAUGGCGCACUCUUUAUUCUUCAUCAACCCACCAGCAACAACAACAUCAACAUAAACAAGAACCUCAUGUGAAACCUUCCUCAAUUGGAUCCCCAUCUCGAGUCCAAAAGCUUAUAGCCUCUCAAUCAGACCCUCUUCUUGCAAAAGAAAUUUUCGACUUAGCUUCCCUUCAACCCAAUUUCAAGCACUCUUACUCUUCCUUCCACAUUCUGAUCCUUAAACUUGGUUGGGCUCGUCAAUUCUCUCUCAUGCAAGACCUCCUCAUGCGCCUUAAAUCUGAACAGUACUCUAUCAAUCCAUCCCUAUUUUCUGACAUUAUUGAGAUCUAUGGUGAAGCCAAUUUGCCUGAUCAAGCCCUCAAGACCUUCCACUCUAUGCUUCAAUUUCACUCUAAGCCACUGCCCAAACACUUGAAUCGCCUUCUUCAAUUGCUUGUUUCUCACCGUAACUAUAUCCGCCCUGCUUUUGAUCUCUUUAAGUCAGCUCACCGAUAUGGGGUUUCACCCGACACUAAGUCCUAUAACAUUCUAAUGAGUGCCUUUUGUUUUAAUGGGGAUCUUAGUAUUGCAUACACUCUGUUCAAUCAAAUGUUUAAGAGAGAUGUUGCACCAGAUGUGGACUCGUAUCGGAUUUUAAUGCAGGGGUUGUGUAGGAAGAGUCAGGUGAAUCGAGCAGUUGAUUUAUUGGAAGAUAUGUUAAACAAGGGGUACGUUCCAGAUGCUUUGAGUUACACAACUUUGUUGAAUAGUUUGUGUAGGAAGAAGAAGCUUAAGGAGGCAUACAAGCUUCUCUGUAGGAUGAAGGUUAAAGGGUGCAAUCCCGACAUUGUUCAUUACAAUACUGUUAUCUUGGGAUUCUGCAGGGAAGGACGCGGUCUUGAUGCAUGUAAGGUUCUUGAGGAUAUGCCUUCAAAUGGCUGCUCUCCAAAUUUGAUGUCUUAUGGGACUUUGGUUAGUGGGUUAUGUGAUCAGGGGUUGUAUGAUGAGGCAAAGAAUUAUGUGGAGGAAAUGUUGUCAAAGGGGUUUUCUCCACAUUUCUCAGUCUUUCAUGCUUUAAUUAAUGGGUUUUGUAAUGUCGGUAAGCUUGAGGAAGCUUGUGAGGUGCUGGGGGAAAUGCUGAGGCAUGGGGAAGCGCCACAUACAGAGACCUGGGUGGCUAUUAUACCUAGGAUUUGUGAGGUCGACAAGUUGGUGAGAAUGGAGAAUAUUUUUGAUGAAGCCUUGAAGUUAGAGAUUACACCUAAUACAAGAUUAGUGGAGGCAGGUAUUGGCUUGGAGGAGUAUGUGAUCAGGAAGGUAAGAGAUAAAUCAAGGAAGGCUUGAUUGUUCUUUGGGAUUUGGUUGUAUGAUCUAUUUAUAUUUGUCUGAAUCUCUGUCAAUCAUUGAGGACCAUUCUUUGCGGUAUGAAGCCAUUUCUUUCUCAAGGCCUAUCAAAGUUCCUCAAAAAGCAGCUGCGACCUUUAGACCAUGAGCUGCAGUAUCUCCAUUUCUGGCAUCUCCUUUUCACUUCAGAAGAGGUUAAGAGCUUAUUGGUUCUGAUUGUCGAAAGAACAGAGACCUCUUGACCAUUCCAGAAGUCUCAAUUGAUCAUCUUCAUCUUUAUCUCUCUCCAAGAUCAGGCAAUUGCAUAUGCAUGCAAAGACCCAGCAACAUUCGAUUCGUGGUUGACCAAAUCUGAAGUGUUUAAUGAGUGAAAAACUAUUGAAUGAAUAUGAAGCAUUGGAGGGGAAAUGUUCAGUUUCUUUGAAGUUUUCUUUUCUGAUCCGGACGGUAGUGUCCUUUCUUUUGUUGUUAAGGCAUUUGAGGGUGUGUCUAUUGAUGGAAAUCUCUCAUUGAUUUUUAAGGGUACGGGUGAAUGGGAUGCCCCUGUUGUGGAAACAUGCUUAAGAUAAUGUGCAUCAUAUUAUGUGACAUGAAUGCAUUAGACACAUCUAUAGUUGGUGUAAUGGUUUUGAAUCCCAGUGUUUGUUGAACCA